AUGCCAAUCCAACCGCCGCCGAACGGUCUAAAGAAGGGCAAGGUCCGUGUACUUUGCCGAGUAAAUCAAACAGGCGAAAAUCUUGUCUGCAGAAAUGGCCGUCAAAUUCAACUUGGUUCGUACGUCUACAAUUUCGAUGCGCUCUUCAAGGGAGAAAACACCUCCCCAGAACUCUUGAAAGAAACGCUGGUUUCUGCCAUUCGAUAUGGAAUGAUGGGAGGCAAUUCAAGCGUCAUUCCCAUCGGCGGGCCGCUCAAGGGAAAGACAAGUUUCUUGUGCUACGCUGCAGAAACUGCUCUUGCUUGGAGCUUGGAAGUUCUCAAGCAACAGCCAAGGAUUAAAAUGCGUCUGAGUGUUAUCGAGGGCAGCCAAGAAACCCUCGUCGACUUGAUCAACCCCGAUCGACCGGAAAUCUUCGCCGUCGAGGAUCCCCUCCUUGGACCAAUGCUCCAUGGACAGUCCGAAAUGCUCAUAAGAUCAGCUCUUCCUGGUCUUCGGCUUCUCCGACGGUGUUUUGCUCGACGAGAUCCUCUUUCACACAUCCUUGUCUCACUCACUUUCCACCUCCCGAACGGUGCUCAUGGAAGACUUCAUUUAUUCGACUGCGCGCGCGGUGGAUCUGCGAUUCUUUCGACAAUCUCUUCCUUUAUCCUCGAUGGUGGAGCUCGAAAAACAGCUUUUCAAAAGCGAAAUUCAGCAGAGCACCAUCUUCUUCGUGAAGCCCUCGCUUCUACGACCAACAACAUCUGCCUCGUUCCUCACAUCGAUGGAAACGAAGAGGACAAAUCACUUGCAAUUCUUCAAGCAGUUUCUCGAAUGCAGCGAGUGCGAGCAAAUCACAAGCGCCCACGACCCGGACCAGCCACUCCGCCAAAGCCACAGAUCAAAACAGAUUGCCGGUCUCCACUUCAUGGAAUGUCGCAGAGCUACAUCUCAAGUUGCUCUGAGGCCACAUCUCAAGAUACCGUCAUCUACAACGCCGCAUGGCGAGGCUAUCAGUCGGACACAAACAACUUCAAAGUCUCCGUCCGUCCAUCCCAACACGGCUCGGCGACAGAUUAUGAUGGAGAAGAUCAUUUCCUCGACCUUCCACUUCCGCGAAAAAAGCCGCACAAGGUGUAUUUAUCCGACCAAGAGUUCUCUGCGCGCGAGUCCUUCUCCCCGACAGAAAUGGUGAUCAAGUGCAAGCCCAAAGUUCAACCAGCAGCGUAUGCGCGGACCAAGCAUUUGCAAUUAAUGUCCGACGCCGAAGAAGAAUGUGCGAGAUUUAGUAAGAAGGAGAAGAUCCAAAUGGACACGAUCAGAGAAUACCCAGCGACAGACACGGAAGCGUGUAUGGCACCGCGUCAGCACAAAUUAAACCCGAGAAAAUCCAAUAAGACGAAAAGUGCCGUCAGAAUGGUUCGUAUGGCUGAUGGCUCAAUCCAACUUCAAACGGCGUCGUCCAAAACCACCCUGGCGGACUCGAAUUCUUACGAAAGGAAAGAAAAGACGCGCUCUUCAGCGAAUCUGAAGUCGUCGAACUCGUUGAAAAACUUGCUCAAAUUCAAAACAAGCAAGUCUUCCUCUUCUCUCAAUCGGAGCCCGACAAAUACGAAUAGCAUUUUUCAUGCGGCAGAAAUGACCAUGAUCUUGCCAAAGCGAAAUUUGUCUGAGCAGGAGCGAUUUAACCAUUGCCGCGAAUUGAGAAUGAAGUACAAUCAAUUGCUCAACCGCCUGCCAAAGAAACACAAGAAAAAAUAUGAGUGGUGCAACGCGAACCAAGAUCUCUACACAGCCGAGCAUCUAGUUCGAUUGGAAAUAGAAGUAAAGAAACUCGAGGAUAUCUCCGAGCAAAUCACGGCCAAAAACAGCCAUCUUAGAAAAUUCUCCUUCUUUGGCUUUCGCCUAGCUAUUUAA